AUGGAGGUAACGCCCAUCAUCCCACAGGACUCUUUAAGAGACACACUGGCGCUCACAGUGCUGCUCAUCUCCACACCACAACCCAUUUCCACAGCGGUGCUAGUGCUCUAUAUUUUGUUUUCAUCUUCCAAAUUAUUCGUUUCUAAAUUAUUUACAAAAGUUUUCAAAAAUCAAGUUCAAGUGGGUAAUAAUGGUAAUGGUAAUGCUGCUACUACAAAUACCAAUACAGAAACUUCACCUUCACCUUCAUUUUCACCUCCAACAAGUCAUACAUUUACAUUGAUUUUAUUAUUUGAUUUAACAUUAGGUGCUUUAUUAAAAUCAACAGCUCCAAAUAUUACAAAAUUGAUACAUGUCUUAUCAAAAUCAAUAAUUGCAAAUCAAUUAUGUGGGAAUCAAUUUGAAAAUUCAAUAUUAUCUUCAUUAUCUAUAAUUUUUUUGGAUCAUUUUUUCAAAAUUCUUGUACAAUAUAUUGAUUCAAAUUUUGGUAUAACAAUAUCAAAUUCACCAAAUUUAUUCCCAUAUUUAUCAAAUCAUGCAAAUAUUCAAUUUUCUUCAUUUUAUAAGAAAAUUUUCCAUCAAUUAACUUUUAAAAAAUCAAAUCAAUUAUCAUUCAUACAAUUUAAUUAUCUUUAUUUAACUGAAUUUUGUUGGCAUUUUAUCAAUUAUAUAAUGAAUUAUGCAAAUUUAUUAUUAUCUAUACAUAUCAUACUUAUGGCAUUUGCAUCUCAAUUUAAAAAAAAUCCAAUAUCGAAAAGUAUAAAUCAAUUUACAAAUGAUUUAAAUAAUACAAAUCAAUCAACAAUAUCGUCAUCUACAGCGACAGCAACAACAGCAACAACAACAACAACUAAUAAUAAUAACAAUACAACAAACAAUAUUAAUACAAUAAAUAACAAUAACACUGAAUCUUCACAUUUCCUAGAGAUUAAAAUUCCAAAAGAUUUAGCAUCUCAUCAAUUAAAUUUUGAUGAAAUUGAAGAUGAAGAAUUGAAUGAUCAAUUAGAAUCUAAAACUCCUGCAUCAUAUCCAGAUUCUUUUUCAAAAACAUCAAACAUAAAUCAAGAUGAAUUAGUUUCAAGUUCAACAAUUGUUGCAGAAAAUUUUGAAAUUUUUGUUAAUUCUUCAUUUAAUAAACCUAAAAAUAAUAUUAAAUCAAUUCAACCACUUUGGUCAUUAAUGGCAACUGCAAGAUCAAUGAGUUCAAGAAAAGAUAUUUAUAGUGGUGAAAUAGAUUUUUUGGAAUCAGAUGAUAAUAAUUCAUUAGUCUUGUCAGAUUAUACAAAUAAUUAUGAUGAUUAUAAAUUUAAAAAUUUUACAAAUUCAAUAAAAUCAAAAAUUAUGAUUUUUAUAAAUUAUAUUGGUGAAACUUUAAUUUCAUUUCAAUUGAAAAAUUAUUCAAGAGGUUUAAUCUUCGUUAGAGUUAAUGGAGUUAUUUGGUAUCAAGUUUCAAGAGGUGAAUUUCAAGGUGAAGAAUUUUUCAUUGUUGGUGGAUUAACACCUUCAUCACAAUAUGAUAUUCAAUUUAUUAUUGAAAAUGAAGAUGAAUUUGGAUUGAAAAGAAAAUGGCUUGUUGAUGAUUUAAUUGUUAGUACUACAGAUAGAAAUGGUGAAUCAUUAAUAAAUUCUAAAAAUUUAUCUUCAACUUCAAAUAGAGUUUUAUCACCAUUGGUAACAUUACAAGAAUCAUUAAUUACUACAAAUGAUAAUUUAAUUAAAGAAAAAUUAAAAUUGAAAAAAACAAGAAAAGAAAUUAGUAAAAAAUUAAAUUCAUACAAGACAGAUAUUGAAAAUUUAAAAAAUAAAAUUAGUAAUAGUGAUAAAAAUGAUGAAAAAAAUUGGAAAAAAGUAUUAAGUCUUAGAAAUUCUGUUAAACAAGUUGAAGAGGAAAAUAGUAAAAUUGAAACAAAAAUUCAAGAAAUUGAAAUUAAAGAAUUAGAAAUUAAUGAAAUUUACCUCGUGGAAAAAAGAAAAUUUGAUAAUUUAGCAAGAAAUUUUAAUAAUUUUAAAAAUCAAUUUAAUGAAAAAUUAACUCAAAAGACAAAUAUUUUAAAAGAUUUAUCAAAUGAAUUAGAUUUAUUAAUAACUAAAAAUGAAAAAUUAUCAAAUAAAUUUGAAAAAUUACAAAAAGAUUAUUUCGCAAUAGAUAAAGAAAUUUCAAAAUUAAUUGAAUUAGAUCUAAAUCAUAGAUUUAAUGAAAGAUCAAUUAGAGCUUCAAAAAGAGAAAGUCUGUUGGAUGAAUUUAAAAAGGAAAUUGAUAAGAUGCAAGAAGGUUUAAGAAAAUUAACAAAUGAAAAUGAAUUUUUAACAAAUUCAAUAAAUGUUUAA